GACAGAAGCACUUCGUGAUAUUUAAUUUAUACUCUCUUCAACUUGAAGACUAUCUGGCCGCAUUUCAUUUACUGGCGACGUGCGCAUGGUUAAAUCUCCUUCUACUCCAACACAGCCUCUCAGUCAAUUGCAGCCAUGUCUCUCCUCGAGAACCAUAUAGAGCAGAUAGCUCUCUCUUCCGCUGCCAUCGCGGAGCUACCUUUCCCUCCCCCCAGGAUGUUCACAACUGCUUUGCUCAGUCCCCACGAGAUCACCGCUCUCAUCCGUGACACAGAGGCUCAUGAACGGGCCCUCUUUUCCAUCGACCCCGCCGCAAAGCCCCUCAAGUCGGGUCAGCGACGAAUGACACGAAGGGGGACGAUGUUCCCUGGGGAGGGCGAGGGGGAGUCCAUGGCGAGUCGCAUCUAUGCUGCAAGAAACAACAGGAAUCAGUCUGCUGUCGCGAGGGUACUGGGUACGGAUAUGAUGGAGGAGAUCAAGAGAUCGACCGGGACAUCUACGCGAGCUCCUCGUGGUGAGGUCAACGUAGAGGUGCUCCUGCGGGGUGCUGAGAUCUUGUGCAAUGUGUACCCCAUUCCUGGUGCCUUUGACAAGAUCUCGACCCUUCGAUACCGUCACGACCAGAUCAAUGCAUCAAUCGCCCAGCUCGAAGACCGGGUGGCCGACAAUUCGGCACAGCUGGAGCAGAUGAGCCGCGAUGACGGGGACUACUACAACCAUGCUGAGGCGGUCGAGAGCCAACCAGAAGUGCCGGACGUCUCAGAUGAAGAUAUCCAACGCGAACUUGAGGAGAUCAGGGAACUAGAACGGCGGAAGAGGAAGCUGGAGGACCGUGUCAGCGGCAUGGAAAGAGAUCUGGGCGGCCUCAUGCGAUGAGUAUUCUACUUAUCGGAUUCAGCGUGGACUGUGCGAACAAACUAUUUCUCGAAACGCACCAUUCUCCAUGAUAAUCAGACGAAACCAGAUACGGGAAUUACUUCCACCGUAUCAGCACCGCUUGACUGCGAUCGGCAGGUCUAUACUGUUCAGAGCACCAGGCGUGGAACUUGC